AUGCCUAAACCGGAGCCAGCACGCUCACCGUAUCAGAAAAGCUUCCAAAAGGAAUGCCGCGUCUUUGCGAAAGAAGCAGAGGCUCUAGCUGAUUAUGCCAGACAACACCCGGAAAAUGAUGAAGACAAGCAGAAUUCCGAUAUCCAUAGUGGGCUUAUAAGUCUGUGGUGCCAAAUAUCGCGAGUGAAAGAUACCGGACUCGAUAUGGUUGCAGAAACCCCGAGAUGUUCUCUUGUUCUCAAGGAACGCAGCUAUUGGUUCAUCCGGGAUCUGGCCGAUCAGACCGAGUUCGAGGAUGAAUGCGAUGAAGUAGAGGCCCGUCUAGAAAGUCUGGCGAUAAAGGUCGAAGGUCGUGAGAUAGAGAACCUUUGGCUUGCUGGAUUUCUUGAGACGAUGGCUUUACAUUUCCAGGAUAAAUUUAACGUAUAG